AUGGUGGAAGAUGAAAGCGUCCCACUCCCUCAACCAGACCCGCCAUCCACUCGCGGCCCUGGACGCGCUUGUUCUGAAUGCAACCGCAAAAAGACGAAAUGCGACAUGACACGCCCGGUCUGUGGUCUCUGCUCCCGAACUGGUCGUACAUGCAUCGUUCCUGCAAGGAGACGUCCGCCUCUGCGUGGAAGACAUGAUCCUAGCAAAGGUAACAAGAACGCUCCCAACAUCGAACUUUUGAACCAGCUUUUGGACACACAACAUGCGACAUCUCCGUUGCAGCCAGAAGACACCUGGGGAUCUAGUCCAUCCCCAUCUCUCUCCCAGCAGUCAAAGGCUGGAGACCAGCGUGGCUUUUAUGGUCUUAAUAUAGGAGCAGGAGAUGGGACUAGCUCAACAAGACCUCCUAAAACAGCGAGCGACUUUUCGACGUCACUGCCAUUGAAUACAUCCAGCAAAGAUAUAAUCCACAUUUCUUCACCUUCUCCCGGAACCAUCGCCAGGUCUCCCGAGGAGACUAAAAUCGACCAUCCUUGUGAUCCCUCGAGAUACUCUUAUAUGUUUAUACUCCGACUAGUGAGCAUUCACUUCCAACGUAUUCAACCGUGGCUCCCGUUGUUACACAAGCCCAAGUUCAUGAGUCGAUUGGCAGAGAAAAUGCAAGGCCAGCCGGAUCCUUUAAGUUGCCUCGAUACAGAUGAAGCGCUGCUCCUGAGUAGCAUCUUUACCUUGUCUUGUCGAUUCUUGUCUCAAGGAGAGCGAGGCGGGCACUCAACAAAGGUCUGGAUCGAUGUCUGCGCGCAGCAUGCUCGGCAAUGUUAUAAAGACGCGCGGAAUAUUGAAAACCCUACACUCACGUACCUGCAAGGAUGCAUUCUUCUCGCAUUCCACUAUUAUACCUCUGGUUUAAGCUCCCAGGGCUGGAUUCUGGUUGGAGUUUGCCUACGACUUACCGAUGAACUUGGGCUAGCUCGAAUUGAUUCUGAAGUCAAUGCGGAAGCAGCACAUCUGGAAUGGGCCGAACAAGAAGAAAGGCGGAGGGCUUGGUGGCUUGUUUGGGAGCUUGAUGUCUUCGGGUCUUCUGUCUGUCAACGCUCGUUUUCAACAGAAUGGCGAAGGGCAUCAGUCAAGCUCCCAGUACGGGAUGAUUUCUGGUUCGCGUGCCAGGAAACUGAUUCACCACGGCUUCCCCGCCGAUUGGGAAGCAUCUGGCUGGUCCUGGACUCGCUUUCACGGAAAGAUGGGAGAACAUGGUUCUUGUUGGCCAAUCUCCUCCAUGCUUGCGCCCAAGAGUACCUCCAGCAGGAGGAUUGUGUGAGCAUCGAGGAUCGAACUGUACUCCAAAAUGAGAUAAAUUGUCUCAAAUUGGCAUUGCCUUCGUUCUUUGAUCUGACCAACCAGCCUAUGGACACUGACGAGCUUCACCAUUCGAAUCGUAACUGGGUCAUUGGCACUCACUUACUGUUGUCAUCCAGCACUUAUAUCUCCCGCAACCUUCCAAUCAGAGACUUUGAUGCUAGCAUUGUGGGACCAGGGCUCUUUGGGGGCCCCUCUGGCUUGCGAGAUCGGAUCUUCGAACUUUCAAGAAUAACCAGCCAUUGGCCUGCUGACUACACCGCAGCGGCCCAUCCAUUUUUCUCAUGCAUGAUGCUCAAUGUCUACGUACCGAACGCAGAGAUACCUUUCCAAUCGGACCUUCUUAGCUCUUGUGAUGCUGUGGUAAGGCUACUACAGGCACGACUGGGUGAAUACUGGCAGCUUGGUAUUUUAGCAUUGAGGAUUAGUAAAUUACAAAACAGUCCCGCGCCGCUAGCGUCGGCAGAUAUGGAACUCAUCAAGCGGUAUCCCCUUUGGUUUCCGCGAACAAUGCAGUGGCAAGCCUCUGCGGCAUUCAGCAAUUCCUCAAUGAGGCAGCAGCAAUCAAUUGCUGGUUCAGAGAAUGUGCCCCAAAACCACUUAUUCGACAAUGUGAAUGAUUUUGCAUCCACAAUUGGAACAAGAGAUGUGAAUGAUGUGGCGGCGGCUUCUGAUAAUACUGCAACACGAUCUGAACGCUUUGCGUUUCCGGCUGCCAUCGCAUCUGUUGAUUUUUGGGACCUGAACUUGGACAACAACCCUCAUGAUUUCUCAGUCGGGCAAGAUAUCAGUACCAGAGAUACUCAAGAAAGAUUCCUGCCUCCUGUUGCCUGACCCAAGAAAGUUUACUGUGUAAGACUAGCCGGAUGGUCGAGAGUUUUG